CUCUAUAAAUAACUAACGCCAAUUCUCCAAUUGCCAUAAUAUUCAUUCAUUCAUCAUAUUUUGCUAAUUGUUAUUCUCUCUCUAUCUCUCGUCACCUGACCAACUCUCUCGACGACAAUCAGCAAUGGAGGCGAUGAAGGUAUUUUUGGUUGCCGUUAUGCUGAUGAUGGUAAUGGCUUCGUCGGCCGUCCAGAAUGUGGCAGCUUCCGAGGGUCCAUCUCCGGCUCCUUCUCCAGCUUCCGAUGCUUCCCUAUUUCCUCCCACUCUUUUCGCUUCCGUCGCUGCCCUUGCAAUGGCACUCCUCUUCUAAUUUCCCAAUCUUUCAUUAUUUUUUUAUUUUUUUCCUCUCUGAGAUAUAUAUAUAUAUAUAUAUAUAUAUAUAUAUAUAUAUAUUAUAAUGGGAGGAUGGAUAUAUUUGUGUAGAGCUUCUCUUUUGCUAAAUUAACUCGAAUCUUCUUCCCCCCAUGCCUCCUCCUCCCUCCUCCUUCUGGGAAUUGAGCUGGUGAUCAUGGGAAGGGAAGGAGCAUUUGAGAUUCUUUGCAUUUUGUUCCCUUUUUUUUAUAUAUAUAUAUAAAAAUAAAAUCAUCUUUUUCUGCAGCGGCUAUAUAUUCUUUGAUGUUUAGUUUGGGGGAUAUAUCAUGUUCAUGUGUCCUUGGACAGAUUUAUGUAAUCGCCUCUAUUUGUACUUGGUAUUAUUAUUAUUGAUGUAUUCUACAUAAAAAAAAAAUUGGUCGUCGUUUAUUCAAUUCA